AUGCCAUCGUACAGCCGUCUCUUCGCUGCGCUUUGCGGGCUGGCAACCACUGCCGUCGCAGUGAACCCGCUCAUCGUCGACGGAAAAGACUUUGUCGACAGUGUUACCAAGGAUCGCUUCCAGAUCAUCGGUGUUGACUAUCAGCCUGGCGGCUCCUCUGGCUUCUCUGGCGACUCUGACCCUCUCAGUGACAAGGCCUCUUGCCUGCGAGAUGCCGCUCUGAUGCAGCGUCUGGGUAUCAACACCAUUCGUGUCUACAACCUGGCGACCAACGUCAGCCAUGACGACUGCGCUUCCAUCUUCAACGCGGCCGGUAUCUACAUGCUCCUGGAUGUGAACUCUCCCUUGCCCAAUGGCAGUCUCGACCGCACGGCUCCCUGGACCACCUACGACCUGGACUACCUGCAGCGCAUCUUCUCCGUCGUCGAGGCCUUCAAGAACUACCCCAACACCCUCGGCUUCUUCGCCGGAAACGAGGUCAUCAACGAGCAGAGUACUAAGGAGGUUCCAGCGUACAUUCGGGCUGUCCAGCGUGACCUGAAGGACUACAUCGCGAAGAACGUCCAACGCCCCAUUCCGGUCGGAUACUCUGCCGCCGACGUCCGGGACAUCCUGGUGGACACUGCCAACUACAUGUCCUGCGAGAUCUCCAACGCGACCAGCUCCCGCUCGGAUUUCUUCGGUCUCAACUCCUACUCAUGGUGUGGUGACUCCAGCUACACGAAGAGUGGCUACGAUGUCCUGACCGCCGACUUCGCCAACGCUUCUUUGCCGGCCUUCUUCUCCGAAUAUGGCUGCAACCUUGUUGAGCCUCGCGUCUUCACCGAAGUCCAGGCUUUGUAUGGCGAAGACAUGACCCAGGCUUUCUCUGGUGGUCUGGUCUACGAAUGGACCCAGGAAGCCAACAACUACGGUCUGGUGCAGAUCAACGACAACAACACCGUCACCCUGCUCAUCGACUAUGACAACCUGCAGAAGCAGUUCGACAAGAUUGACGUGAAGCGCAUCGAGUCCUCCAACACGACGCAGACCUCCGUGAAGCCUGUCCCGUGCAGCGCUGACCUGAUCACCGGCAACUUCCUGAACACGUUCGACCUUCCGGCUCGCCCGCAGGGUGUGGAUGACCUGAUUCAGAAUGGAGUUAAGGGCGCCACCGUUGGCAAGCUGGUCUCGGUGUCGUCUCAGGAGAUCCCGAACACUGUCUACGACUACACUGGCAAGGUGAUCUCGGGUAUUAGGCUGAACGCCCUGCAGAACAACGAGGUCAACACGCCUGGGUCCAACACUUCGGGCAGCAGCAGCGACGGAAACGGCACCAGCAGCGCUACCGGCACUGCUGCCUCCGCCACCCACACCGGAGCUGCUAGCCGGCAGCACUCGUCUGGCGUCCUGAGCACCUUUGGCGCGGUUGUGGCUCUGGCCGUGUCCUUGGCAUGGUAA